CCAAGCGGUCUUUACCGAUAAAGCCAGUCGGCAAUUGGCCGUCGAGCUUGCUUGUCUCAACCAAGCUUCCGUACGGCCGAUUGCUUUGCCAGACCCUUUCACUAGCAUCUUCCUGCCCCAAUCGAUCUUCUCGUCUGCAUUGCCGAAGAGGCUGCAUAUAUACACUUCUCCCACCAGUUUCCUGCACCAUCUCCUGCGCCCUCAGAUCCCGACGAAAGCUCGAGCUUCACCCAACAAACACAGCAUUCGUAAUAGCUCACAACGCUGCUGGGCACCAGCGUACCGCAACCAUGUCUGGACCUCCGUCUCGCAUCCGAUCAAUUCUCAAUCAUCUCAUUGGGGCUCCAACACCUCCCGGCCAUAUCCACCACCUGUCACCAACCUUCUUUCUCGAACGCGCCGCCGCCAUUGAGCCGAAUGCCGAGGCCGUGCUUCAUGUAACGGCCAACGGCGUCACCAUCCGCAAGUCCUAUCAACAGGUAGCUGAUCGCGCCAAAGGCCUCGCCUACUUCUUAAAGAAACACGGUCUUAAGCGUGUUGGCAUUCUAGCUCCCAACACACCGGCAUUUCUGGAGUCGAUUUACGGCAUUGUUGCUGGUGGUGGCGUCUUGGUCCCCGCCAAUUACCGACUGAAGGAAGAUGACAUUGCUUAUAUUUUCGACUUUGCUGAAGUAGACUGCAUUAUUGCUGAUGAGGAGUUUGCCAAUCUCUUGAGUGCUUAUCGAAAAAAGCACCCCAAGGUCCCCGUCAUUGUCGACAUUGACUCAGACAAAGACGAAGGAGACAAUAUCGGACCGUUCGACAAGGCCGUGAUUGAGGGCAAUGAAUACGACAAGCAGCAGGGCAACCAUGGCUGGGCAAGACUGCACUCUCAUGCUACGAAUGAAGAUGACAUGCUUGCUAUUCCGUUUACCUCUGGCACCACCUCACGACCCAAGGGAGUGGUAUACACCCAUAGAGGAAGCUAUCUUGCGGCGCUAGCCAACAUUGUUGAAUCGGGUCUCAACACUGGCGACUGCAAAUAUCUCUGGACACUUCCUAUGUUUCACGCUGUUGGAUGGACAUUCCCGUGGUCCGUGGUCGCUGUCCGUGGAGUCAAUGUCUGCCUUCGAAAGAUUGACUAUCCUCUCAUUUGGAAGCUUCUUCGAGAGGAAGGCAUCACUCACUUCAACGCUGCUCCCACUGUUAACACACUGCUUGUAGCGGCCGCCGAAGCACAACGUUUGCCAAAGCCAGUUCGCGUUACCGUCGCAGCCAGCCCUCCAAGUGGACAUCUGUUUGAACAAAUGUCAAACCUAAACCUUAUGCCCGUGCACGUGUACGGCAUGACAGAAACAUAUGGACCAAUUACGAAAUGUUACCCGAUGCCCGAGUGGGAAAAGCUCCCACCGAGCGAAAAGUAUGCCAAGAUGGCGCGUCAAGGUCACGGCUUCAUUACCAGUCUGCCCAUCCGAGUCAUCAAGCCCGACCAACCUAAUGAUGUCUUUAUCGACGUAGUCAAGGAUGGAAAGGAAAUUGGCGAGAUUGUGUUCUUUGGAAAUAUCUGCGCCAAAGAAUACUACAAAGACCCCGCAGCGACAAAGAAGCUCUUUGCCGGUGGCGGCCUUCACUCUGGAGAUCUUGCUGUCUGGCAUCCUGAUGGCAGUGCCCAGAUUCUAGAUCGUGCCAAGGAUAUUAUCAUUUCUGGCGGUGAAAAUAUCUCUUCAGUCGCGCUAGAGGGUAUGCUCGUGCAGCACCCCGACAUUCUCGAAGCCGGCGUCGUGGCUAUCAAGAGCAGGCAGUGGGGAGAGACUCCCAAGGCUUUCAUCACGGUCAAGCCUGGCAAGAGUGUCAAACCAGCCGACGUUAUCUCGUGGGCCAAGAACAAUAGCAAUAUUAGCAGAUUCAUGGUUCCUGGCGAAGUCGAAAUUGUCAAGGAUCUGCCCAAGACCAGCACUGGAAAGAUUAAGAAGAACGACCUGCGCGACUGGGCCAAGAACGGCACACCUAGCUCAUAACUGUAGAUUUGCUUGUUAUAUUUUAUGCCAGCAGAGAGUUACUUUGUUUUAUAUACCAAUAAACAAAUGGUUUUGGAUAUU